AUGGUAGGUCAGUCUUUACAGCGGCAUCCGAGGGGACACAUCUCCGGGGCACGACAGCUUCACCAGGCACCUCACACCGUCGUCUUAAUGGCCCCAAAUUCUGCCAGCUUCGGGUUCGGAGGCACCCCGGCCUUCUUCGCUAGGAUGAUGGCCAUCCCCGCCAUCAACGACGCCCUCACCCUAGCCACACAGGUCUACGACAACACCAAGAGGAAUGAGGUGAUGGGGGCGGCGAUAAAGGCAGCCGAAACUAGCAUGAGGGUGGCAGCCACGAGCGCCCUCCCUCUCGCAGCACCCAUACUAGACCGUGUGGGCGGGUGGGAGGCGGUGGACGAGUGGGCGUGCCGUGGGCUGGACCGAGUGGAGGAGGCGGCACCCAUCAUCAAGAAGCCGACCAAAGAGAUUGUCAACAGAACACGAGAGACGGUGCUUGGUGCCGUGGCUGGGGACAAAUUGAUCGUACCGGACACCAUCACUGAAGCUCUCGUCAUCCGUGCCAACCGUAUGAUGGAGGUAGUAACAGAAAACGUGGGCGUGAAGGCGGCGACAAACGUAGCUGAGAAUGCCUUGGACACCGCCCACGUCCUUGUCAACACCUACCUCCCGCCUGGCGGAGGAGACAAGGCCCACCCUGACGUAUCUGGAGCUGGCGUGCGAGAGAGGACUCUUAUCCUGGCCAGGAAGACCGGACACCGCCUCUACCGCACUGCCCUCAGAAUGAUGCGACCCGACCUAGCUUACAGGAACGACGCUGUCAUCACUCCAGGCAUGAUGAUGGAGUUCGCUCGAGGGACUGUGAUGAACCUCUACACUGAACUUCUCCGUGUACCUCGCCCGGGGGAACAGGUGGGGGUGUUGAUGACCUUUGCCCGGACUCCUGUCAGAUUUGUCGUCAUCAGUACCUCCACCUUCAACACCUCCGUCCUCACCACUCUAAUUCCCAUCCUCCAAGAGACUACCAAAACAUUACAGGAAGUCCUCAAGGAACCCUCAUCACGUCUGGGGCCGAUGAUCCAGGAAUCCUACCAAAUCAUCAGGGUCGCUGCUGAAAACACAACCGCUCGCUUCACACCCUUUUUCAUCGACACUGUUAGGCGGGCCCUCGAUGCCACGUCAAUGAGGGAGGUGAGGGAGGUGGUGAUUGACUACGGGAAGUAUGUUGGUGAAGAGGCCAGGCUGUGGGGGAAGGUGCUGGUGGUGUUGAUUCAGCUCACCCCUAACUUUGCGCUGAGGGUGUCCGAGACUACCAGGAUAUUGACUGCUGAUGUGCUGAGGAGAGCGAUGACGUCACUGGAGUCGAGGGGAAGGCCAGCGCCUCUUCUGCUCAAGAAAGGCUUUGUGCCUGUAAAGGUGACGAUGAUGGCACCUAGAGACACGUUCUAACACCUGAGAGAGAGAGAGAGAGAGAGAGAGAGAGAGAGAGAGAGAGAGAGAGAGAGGGGAAACAAGACGUGUAAAGAGAUAAAAAUAGCUUUAGAGUAGAGUAAAUCACAUUCAUUAUUAUUGUUGUUUUAGAUAAACUUGAUUGUAUCUGCAAUAAAUAACUGUUAAUGCAUUUAACUUCAAUAAAUUAGUAAUUUAUAUCAGAAAUAUAUAUACAUCAGUAAUACACAUCACUAUUAUAUCGAAUAUCAUGUAUACGACAAUUAGAUAAAUAAAUAUAUACACAACAGUUACA